AAAGGAGUGGUUGGCGAUGAAUAAAGCCCUCACCGACUCUACUCAACUCAGAGGUGCUUCUUCAGCGUUUCCGGAUCUUGGUGAGGUAAGGUAUCUUCUUCUUCAGUGUUUCGAUUUUUGUAUGCAUGUUUCCUCUUCGUUUUUUGAUUUCUUGUUUUUCGAUUUUUGUUGGUGGCGGCUACGUCGUGGUGGUGGGGCGGGGCGGGGCUGGUGGUUCAGUGAUGUCUUGAUUUCUCAAUUUUCUUGGUUUUAUUGGGGUGGCUUAUAGCAGUUAGGGUUUGGUUUAGAGGCAGCGAGGUUGGGUGUUCUCAUCGUUAUGGUUGAAGGAGGCAUUGUUCACCAAUUUUUCUUGCUGGGAAAUCACUAGUGGUGUGGCGUUGGUGUGAAUUGUGGAACACGGUGAAAACACUCUUGAGAAAGCUUGGAACCAACUUCAUUUUUUUUCCCCUUUGUUCAGACUUUUUGUUUUAGUUUUCUUUUUCCAAUUUUUGUGGUUAUUUGAUGCUCAUGUUGGGUUAAGAUGGCUGCUAAUUUUCAUUUUGGUUCAUGUGUACUCAUUUUUGUUGCAAUUUAAUUGACAAAACAUUGUCGUUGUUGUCACAAGUUACUCUUCUUUGGUUUUUGAUGCUUGAAUUUUUUAUGGAGUGAAGGAUAGACAGUUUAUUGAACUGUGCAAAAAUGCAAAGAUGGGUCAGUCAACUUUGGGAUCACGUGCUUUGCUACAUAGUUCUAGAGGUUUUAUUUUAUUUUUUAUUUUUUUACUUGAGCGGGAACCAGAAACCAAGUUGUAGUGCGAGGAGAGACAGGAGCCAUUUUUCCUUACCCCUAGUUUUUGGGCUUUCAUGGACCAAAGUUGAAAUCUAUUUCUCCAAACAUUGGUUUUGGCGUUCACCUUUAGGAUGGGUCACUACACUGUAUGUUUGAAUUUAGAAACUUGAAUGAAAGUAGAUUUAUAAGGGAAGUUUUGAGCCUACUUAAAUCUGACAUUUUGUGAAGAAUUCAUGCCUCUGAUGACCCUUUGCAGAAGUUCAUUGUUUACAUCCUAUAGUUCUAUGUAGAAACAAAAUCUUGCCUAUAGAAUGGUCAAAUUUUUUCAUUUAUUUUGGUGUAUAUGUCCCUGUUUCUGUGUGUGUUCAUUUGUGCAUUGUUAUCAUGCAAAUUGUGAUAGUGUUGCAGAAUUAAUCUGUGAAACAAACUAGCAUUCGAUCAUGGGGACUGAAGAGUCAAGAGACCCAUUUAAAGGGAUGGACUGGAAAAAUAUUUCUGGCCCACCACCUGAUGGGCCCAGUGCUGGAUCAGUAGUAAAGAAACGGCUUCCCAAAAAGAUCAGACAAAUUCCAGAUUAUUAUUUUCUUCCCCGAAGUUCCCUACCCUCGGCCAUUGCUUUUUAUGGGUCGUGGAUUGCUGCUGGAGUUGGUGCUGGGAUGUUACUUGAGAUCUGGAUAAAAAAGAAGGUCAAAGAGGACGGAGGUGUCAUCUGGGAGUUUGACAAGUAA